AUUGUACGUCACACAUCCGGAUGUGUUUUCUUUAGCAUUAGCAACAGUCAUCAGAAACACAAUUGUUUUCCCGUAACUGAGAAGUUAUUUUCCGCUCUCUUACUUUUCUUCUUCUCGUCAUUUGUCGUCGAGUCGUCUGACGGCGGCUGUGUUUCUUCUUUCUGCGUCUCUGUUGGGGACUCUGCAGUGUCAGACAUCUUUGGUUCACCACUCCGGGUUACUUUAUGGUUUCCAACCACCUCAACGUUUGCUCAGCAGCGGCGGCUAUUGGCGCAAAAGAAGCGUCAAUCUCUACAGCUCGCAAUACUAUUGGUCAAUAAUCGCUCCCAGGAAGGCAGCGCCUGUCAAAGAAAGGCUGAAGCCGAAGUUGAACUCCGUGGUCUUCUUAGCUUCGUGCUAGGCGACGUCACAUGGGAAAUAAUACUUUAACCUGACAGUUAAAGUUUCUGCAGUCCCCUUCAGCCUGUUACCCACUACUCUCUACCUCACCUCUGGACUAUUAAAGCAACAAGAUGCAAUAUCAAAGAAGGAAAUAAUGUCCUACAAGGAAGAAAACGCGCCAUUUUAGACUCAUGCUGACAGGUUAGCUAGAGUCUACGAUUGUCCAAAUAAUGGUUAAAGACUGCAACAAGCAGCUGUGCUACAGUUUGGCAAACAUUGGCAGGCUCUCCACCAAGGAUGCAGUGCUUUUCCUGUGCGAUAUGCAGGAGAAGUUCAGACCCAACAUCUUCCAGUUCACCAACAUUGUCAGCAAUGCAGCCAGACUGCUCCAGGCCAGUCGUAUCCUGGGCAUCCCCCCCAUUUUGACAGAGCAAUAUCCUAAAGGUCUUGGGCCCACAGUACCAGAGCUGGGAGCUGAGGACCUAAAGGCCCAUGCUAAAACUUCAUUCACCAUGAUGAUAGAGGAGGUGCAGAAGGAGCUGGAGGCCCUGGGGAACCCCAAACAAGCCAUACUGUGUGGAAUAGAGGCUCACGCCUGUAUCGCUUGCACAGCUUUUGAUCUGCUCGAGAAGGGGAUAGAGGUUCAUAUUGUAGCUGACGCCGUGUCAUCCAGAAGCCAAACGGAUCGUUUGUUUGCUCUGUCACGACUGAAACAGAGCGGAGCAUACCUCACCACCACAGAGGCUGUUCUGCUGCAGCUGGUUCAAGAUGCCAAACACCCCAACUUCAAGGAGAUUCAGAAGCUUCUGGCGCAUCCGUCUCCUGACACCGGCCUCCUUGCUUUCUUCAGCGCUCUGUAAAGAGACCCAUGUCCUACCAUUGUGUCCCACUGUAAAGAGCUGUACCAAUAAAGCGAUGCUGCUACUUUAAA